AUGCAGAUACAACACCUCUUGCCGCUAGCGGUGCUGCUGUUGGGCGGGACCACUUCUGUGGCGGAUGCUAAGGUGCACAAGGCGAAGCUGUUCAAGCGGGAGAUUACCGAGGAGAUGGAGGCGAUUCCCUUCGAGCAGCACGUGCAGCAUUUGGGACAGAAGUACCUGAACCAGUACGAAAAGGCUUUCCCCGAGGUGAGCUUUUCGAAACACCAUCCGUUCUUUAAGGGUUCUGCGCAGGACUCGUUCGAGGUUGCCAAGGGCCACGAGGUGCCCCUGUCGAACUACUUGAACGCGCAGUACUACACUGACAUCACUCUGGGGACUCCGCCUCAGCAGUUCAAGGUUAUUUUGGACACCGGGUCCUCGAACCUGUGGGUGCCCAGCAGCGAGUGUGGUUCACUGGCGUGCUUUCUUCACGAGAAAUACGACCAUUCCGCCUCUUCGUCGUACAAGGCUAACGGUACGGACUUCUCCAUCCAGUACGGGUCUGGGUCCCUAGAGGGGUACAUUUCCCAGGAUACUUUGUCUAUUGGGGACCUGACCAUCCCGAAGCAGGACUUCGCGGAGGCCACUAGCGAACCAGGGCUGGCGUUCGCCUUUGGGAAGUUCGACGGGAUCUUGGGGCUUGCCUACGACACUAUCAGUGUCGACAAAGUCGUCCCACCUUUCUACAACGCUCUAGAACAGGACUUGCUCGACGAGGCGAAGUUCGCCUUCUACCUGGGUGACACCAACAAGGACGCAGAGGACGGCGGCGAGGCCAUCUUUGGCGGUGUUGACAAGAGCAAGUACACAGGAGACGUCACAUGGCUGCCAGUUCGCCGGAAGGCCUACUGGGAGGUUAAGCUAGAGGGGCUCGGUUUGGGAGACGAGUACGCCGAGUUGGAGUCCCACGGGGCUGCCAUUGACACGGGUACCUCCUUGAUUACUUUGCCCUCGGGACUAGCAGAGAUCAUCAACUCUGAAAUAGGUGCUAAGAAGGGCUGGACUGGUCAGUACACUCUGGAAUGUAACACAAGAGACCAACUGCCCGACUUGACCUUCAACUUCAACGGGUACAACUUCACCAUCGGGCCAUACGACUACACGCUAGAGGUCUCCGGGUCCUGCAUCUCCGCAAUCACCCCAAUGGACUUCCCAGAACCCGUCGGCCCACUCGCCAUCGUCGGUGACGCAUUUUUGAGAAAGUACUACUCCAUCUACGACCUGGAACACAACGCUGUCGGUCUGGCAAAGGCCGUGUAA